AUGAUUCGUGCAAGCUUGCUUGCCUUGUUUUCAACUCUGGUUAUAUGUGGAUUUUGUGGAAAGGACUUUGCUUCACUGGGCCGUCAUACAUGGCGCUGUAAAAAUAAGGUUGAGUUUGACCAAACAUCAGAGCAAAAUAAAGUUCCUGCUGUUGAAAUUCGUACUCAAGAAUGUUUACCAGCCAGUUCAUAUAAAGUUGUCAAAUGUUGUUGCGGUAAAGUGUGUAAAGGCGCUCGUGGUUUAAAGAUGCAUCAACGUAGCUGUAAAGUAAUUGAUGACAUGGAGGAGGAAUUACAACAACAAAUGACUGAUGCUUUAAAUGAACAAAUAUGCGAUGACAAUGUUCAAUCAGCAGAGGAUGCAGUUCCGAGUCUAAACGCCCAAGAAAUCUUUCCUGAUUUAAAGAAAGGAAUAAAAUUGCCAAAAUCGCCAUUACAAUGGUCUACUGCUGACGACUUUUUUCAACUCACUCUUUCAAAUUACCCAGUCACAACCCAAGAAAUCAAUAAAAGUAUCAAUACCAUGGCAACAGUGAUGAUACAAUUACUUCAGUGA